UCGAAGCGAUGGCUGCGCCGGUCGGUUUGCUGCUGUGUCUCUGCUUCGUUCUCCUCUGUCCUGAGGUAUUUGGGGAUGAGAACUCGGCCCCAAAAUGUGGUUACCAGUCCUGUCCAGCUGUUAAGCCCAAGAUGUUGAACGUUCACCUGGUGCCCCACACUCACGAUGACGUGGGCUGGCUAAAGACAGUGGACCAGUACUUUUAUGGAGCCAAGACGUACAUCCAGCGUGCCGGGGUACAGUACAUCCUCGACUCUGUCAUCCCACAGCUGCAGGCUGACCCGAGCAAGCGAUUCAUCUACGUUGAGAUCGCCUUCUUCUCUCGCUGGUGGAAACAGCAGAGCGAGGAGACGAAGGACCUGGUGAAACAGCUGGUCAACGAAGGUAGGCUGGAGUUUGUGAACGGGGGCUGGUGCAUGAACGACGAGGCGACCACCCACUACAGUUCCAUCAUCGAUCAGAUGACCCUGGGCUUCCAGUUUCUCAACGAUACCUUUGGAGAGUGCGGGCGCCCCCGGGUAGCAUGGCACAUCGACCCCUUCGGGCAUUCCCGAGAGCAAGCUUCCCUCUUCGCGCAGAUGGGAUUUGACGGCUUUUUCUUUGGUCGCUUGGAUUAUCAGGACAAGAUGAACAGGGAAUAUCUCCGGCAGAUGGAAAUGGUGUGGCGAGCCAGCGCCAACCUCCCGCAACCCACUGCAGACUUGUUCACAGGUGUUCUCCCUAAUGGAUAUAACCCUCCUGCGUCGUUGUGUUGGGACGUCCUGUGUUCAGAUGAACCCAUCGAAGACGAUAAAAAUUUGGAGGAGUAUAAUGUGGAUGAAAUUGUGCAGUAUUUCCUAAUAGCUGCGCAGGAACAGGCCAGGCAUUACAGAACUGACCACAUCAUCAUGACCAUGGGAUCGGAUUUCCAGUUUCAAGAUGCAGGCAUGUGGUACAAGAACAUGGACAAACUCAUCAAAUACGUGAAUGCUUGGCAAAGUAAAGGGAGCAAAGUCAAUGCGCUGUAUUCCACACCUUCCUGCUACCUACAGGAGUUAAACAAGGCAAAUCUCACCUGGUCGGUCAAGACUGACGACUUCUUCCCAUACGCGGACGGUCCCCACCAGUUCUGGACGGGUUACUUCACCAGCCGACCCGCGCUGAAGCGAUACGAGAGGCUGAGCAACAACUUCCUACAAAUCUGCAAUCAGCUGGAGGUCCUGGCAGCUUCACACGCUCACAACGGCCCGUAUGGUGUUGGAGACAGCUCUGUGCUGAGGAAGGCGAUGGGGGUGCUUCAGCACCACGACGCAGUGUCUGGGACGGAGAAGCAGCACGUUGCGUAUGACUACGCCAAGAGACUCUCCAAAGGCUGGGAUCAGUGUGAGGUGCUUAUUAGUAAUGCCCUCUCAAGUCUCAGUGGAUCCAAGCAAGAUUUUGUCUUCUGUAACAAGCUCAAUAUUAGUGUCUGUCCUCAAAUCGAAGAGCUUGACUAUUUCACAGUCACUCUGUACAAUCCUUUGGCCAGAGCAGUGAGAACAAACGUGCGACUACCCGUCAACGGCUCAAGCUAUGUAGUCUCUGACCCAGAAGGCAGCUCAGUGCAGAACCAGGUUGUGGCUGUGUCAGCUUUCACAAAGGCGUUGCGAAAGGACCGGGGCUACGCGGUGAAUGAGCUGGUGUUUGAGGCCUGGCUUCCGGCUUUAGGGUUUGCAACUUACAGUGUGUCCAGGAAGCCGGAGAAGUUCACGUUUCGCAGACUGGUCCGAUCACCAAGCAAGCUUCAGGGUGAGGAAAGGAAUGCCCUGUUUAUUAAAAAUGAGUACGUCCGAGUGUUAUUCGACAAGAACACUGGUCUGAUCAGUGCAAUUGAGAAUUUGCACAAGAAUCUUUCUCUGCCCGUUACACAAAAUUUCUACUGGUACCAUGCCAGUACAGGCAACAGGGAGAGCAAACAGGCCUCGGGUGCCUACAUUUUCCGGCCCUACCAAGAAGAACCAUCAAUGAUGUCGAAGAAUGUGAGCACGUACACCGUGCAGACAGAGCUGUUUCAGGAGGUUUACCAGAACUUCUCCUCGUGGUGCUCACAAGUAGUCAGGCUGUACAGAAAUCAGAAGUUUCUGGAACUAGAAUGGACCGUUGGACCGAUUCCCAUAAAUGAUCUGAUUGGCAAAGAAGUCAUCAGCCGUUUUGACACACCCUUAAAAACAGGCGGAACUUUCUACACCGAUUCCAACGGGAGAGAAAUCCUCAAACGAAGGAGAGACUAUCGACUGACGUGGCCAUUAAAUCAAAGUGAGCCAGUGUCUGGGAACUACUAUCCUGUAAAUAGCCGUAUCUAUGUACAGGAUGGCAAAAUCCAGCUGACUGUGCUGACUGACCGAUCACAAGGAGGGAGCAGCAUUACCGAUGGUUCGUUGGAGCUCAUGGUUCAUCGGAGGCUGCUGUGGGAUGAUCAUAGAGGGGUGGGCGAGCCACUGACGGAGCCUGGUUACGACGGGAAGGGUCUGGUCGUGCGCGGGAAGUACUUUGUCUACCUUGAUACUGUCGAUGACUCUCCAGAACUCCACCGGCUGAAAGCUGAGGCAGAGUACAUGGCCCCUCUGGCAGUCAUGAGCGUGGGCUCAGCAGUUCCCUACAACGAUCAUCGGGCUCCCAUUAAGCAGUACUCAGCGCUGAAGGGGGAACUUCCACACAGCAUCCACCUCCUCACCCUGGCUCAGUGGGACUCUGAGUCCAUCCUCCUUCGCCUGGAGCACCAGUUCGAACAAGGAGAGAGCCAAGUCUACUCCAAACCCCAGACGGUGGAUCUGCAAAAUUUGUUUCCUGCAUUUGAGAUCAUAUCUGUGGAGGAAAGGUCACUGGGUUUCAACCAGCUGAAAAGCGACAUGUCCAGGCUUGUCUGGAUUACCGCACAAGAGAUGGAAGGCUCCAACUCAUUCUCCAGACACCGCAGUAUCUCGGCACACAAUGUGACUCUUCAUCCAAUGGAAAUACGUACUUUUCACAUUCGCAUUCGACAGGGCUAACCACACAGGCUUUGGCCACCCAGCACCGAGAAAACUACAAUGAGCCAGAACAGUCAACAGACCCAGAACAUUCCUAAUCCAAUCCACAUAGGGCCUUUUAAUCUUGGCUGGGUAAAGGCUUGCCCUUUUCAACUAGCUCCUACACUCGAUUACAGUGGGAAAAAUGAGGAAAAAUAACAAUCACAGCUGAUAUUUUAGAUCCAUUUCCAUCGACCCAUGUUCUUCCCUCCUUUUGGGGCAGGUUAAGUCAGGCUAAGCAAACAUUCUAAGUGUGAAAUAUAUUUUCUUUUCCAAAAGGUGCCUUGGUUAAGUUCAUCCGUUCAAACCCUUUACUAUAUCAAGUGGUUCCUUCCUCCCCCAAUCCUUAAAACAACAACACACACAAAAUGCUGGUGGAACACAGCAGGCCAGGCAGCAUCUAUAGGGAGAAGCGCAGUCGACGUUUCAGGCCGAGACCUUUCGUCAGGACACAUUUGUGGCUGAUUGCCAGAUAAACCAUUAAUCUUCUCUUCUGGGCUGAGUUGUUUGUGAUCUUGGCAACGCAUGGUGCCAAGGAACAGAACAACACACCCGAGCUAUACAUUCUCUGAGUUGUUUAUCCUCCUUUAUCAGCCCCACCCAAACUGGGAUAAUGUGCAAUAGCUUUUUAAAUUCUUACUUUGAUGAUCACUUUUAUACAGAAACUCCCAUUUGUAUCCCCAGUGAAGAAAGAUUUAGUCAAAGUAUUGUUUCACGUGGAUAUUAAUGCAAGGAGAGGAUGCCAAAGCGUAGAAACACCAGUAUUAGUAGGUGAAACUGUGCCUCUACUUAACUAAUGUUCAAAGUGUGGUUCUUGUGCCCUACAAAGGAUAUCUAUGGAAAGUGGAGAAGAGGAAGCUCUGUCUACCAGAUGAUUGACACUUACAGGACUAAGUGGCUGGGAGAAAAAUUAGAUGGAAUGGGGGGGGGGGUGGGGGUAACCAAUAAAUUUGGGAGCAUUUGACAAAAGUUAAUUUGUACCUUGUUUUUAAACAAAACUAAUGAAAUAAACCUCAGGUCAACACAAAACAGUGCAAGUAUUUCUUUUCCCCUUACACACACGCACACACAUGUUCUAGCCUCCACCUAAGCAAGUUCAUUUAUAGAGGGGAAAGGUUUACUGUGGCUGGGUGGAGUUGAUGAUGACUUCAAUGACGAGUUUGAUCAACAGCUUUCUUGGCGAUAUUAGUCUUGUGUCUAGGCGGUAGCGUGCCCUAAGGACAAUAGGAGCACAAUUAGGCCAUUUGGCCUAUCAAGUCUGCUCCGCUAUUUAUUCACGGCAGAUCCAUUUUCAUCUCAACUCUAUUCUCCUGCACUCUCCCGUAACCUUUCACGCCCUUGGGUAAUCAAGAGCCUGUCAACCGGUGCAUUAAAUACACCCAAUGACCUGGCCUCCACUGCUACCUCUGUCAUUUAAUUCCACUAAUUCACUGCUCUCUGGUGGAAGAAAUUCCUCUACAUCUCCAUUCUAACUGGAUAUCCCUCUAUUUUGAGGUUGUGCCAUGGCCCACUGGUCCUCCACAUCUGGGGGUUCAGCUCAGGGCUAAUGACCCUGACUUGUAGAGUAAAAUGCUGUGGAACAGCAAUGAAGAAUCCAACUACAUUUGAGCGGUCAAGGCCAGGUAGAUGCAGGAUGUUCAUUGUUGCCCUAAACAAC